AUGCUCCCGCUCAGCGUCUUCUCCGCCACCGCGGCCGCGUUGCUGCACACAGCUGCACGGGGUCUCGUCCCAGCAACCGCUCCGCCGCGAACCCGGCUGGUCGCGCUCUCCUCCGUGCCGCGGCUGUGCGUGCUCGACCUCGACGAGUGCGUGUGGUCUCCGGAGAUGUACACGCUCAGCCACAUGCCCAGCAGGCCGCUGAUCGGCGAUCUAAACGGCCGCGGCGAGGGCGUCGUCGGCGUUCACAGCGGCGGCGACGUGAUUCGCAUCUACCCAGGCGCGCUGCUGGCGAUGCAGGAGGUGGCAGAUGGGCUGCACGGAGAGAUGCGCAUGGCGGUCGCAUCCUCGGCCGACACGCCGCUGGCCGAGCGGAUCGGCCGCGCGGCGAUGGAGCUACUCGAGGUGCUUCCCGGCCUCACGAUGGCGGACCUGCUGAGGCGAGGCUACGAGGACGGCCGCAACUUGCAGAUCGGGCGGCAGCCGCCGCUCUCGAGCGACAAGUCCCGCACGCACUUCCCCAUCCUGCGCGACGCGUGCGGCGUCGCGUACGAGGAGAUGCUCUUCUUCGACGACUCGGCGAGACGCAGCCGAGAGGGAGGGAGACGGCACACUGCCCAUGCCACGCACGCCUCUCGUCGCUCCCCCGCCCCGAAGGUGUGGAGCGACCACUGCGGCCUCGUCGCUGCAAACUGCCCCGGCGUGGUGACGCAGCGCACGCCGCGAGGCAUGCAGGAGCACGAGUGGAGGAACGGGCUGCGCAAGUUCGCGGCGGAAGCGGCCGAGCGGGGCGCCUCGACCUCGGAGCCGAGCGGGGCCUGA